AUGCCGAAACUGGGUAACCUACACACCCCAAUGGCGGUUCGGUUCCCCCCCUACAAGCUCGAACUUGCAAAUUCGCACUUGCACUCGACCCAACCCGACAAACCCUUGAUCUUCCGCUUCACCUCUCGUCCCUCGUCGCCUCUCCCACCCACCUCGCCAUCACCUCUCCCUCUCACCCAGCCGUUCGCCUCUCCCUGCCAUCCCGCCUUCGUCUCUCCCUCUAACCCGCCAUCGCCUCUCCCUCCAAUCCCGCUGUCGCCUCUUCCUCUUACCCCGCGCUCGCCUCGCUCCCAUCCCGCCGUCGCAUCUCCCUCUUACCCGCCGUCGCCUCUCCCUCCCAUCCCGACGUCGCCACCCCCUCAUAUCCCGCCGUCGCCUCCCCCUCACAUCCCGCCGUCGACUCCCCCUCACAUCCCGACGUCGCCUCCCCCUCACAUCCCGCCGUCGCCUCCCCCUCACAUCCCGCCGUCGGCUCCCUUCCAAGCCCGCCUUCGCCCCUUCUCUCACCGCCGUCACCGCCUCCCCCUCCCAUCUCGCGGCAUCGACAUUCUCAGGUUAGCGCCGCACGUCGGCUCGCCUGCCAUGCUCCACUCGCCUUUCCCGUUGCUCGCAGCCGGCCGCCCUCCGGCUGCAGUGGCUGCUUUUUCCGCGCUUUCCACUGACACCAGAGUGCCACCAUCCGCGUUACAUGCUGUACCACGGCAGUUUCCGAUCAACGAUGUGAGCAGUUUCGCGUCCCAUCGCGUUCCAUUCCCCUGCUCUGCCCUCAACGGCAGCAUGCGCCCUCCUCUCGUCGCCUCUCUCUCGUCUGCCUCUGCCUCAACCGGCGCCCUCCAUCCAUUCACAACCCUCCACCCGCCCGCGCGCCAUGAGUCAGCCUUUCAACACACGCCUCUGUCCGCCUGCAUGCCGUCCACGUGUCACCAGCCAUUCUGCCAACCCCGCUUCCACGCCACACGCCAUACACGGCACUGCGCUGCUGCUGGGGCAGGGGGGUCAGGAGGGCAGCAGCAGGUGAGCCUGACGGACGGGGAGCUGCAGGAGCGGGGCAUCGCAGUGCACUGGGACACGGCGCUCCUCGACUACGCCAAGCUUGACGACCUCUUCCACCGUGCCGGCUUCCCCCGCCGCGGCCCCAAGAAGCUGCAGCACGCGCUGGCGCACUCCACCCUCGUGCUCUGGUUCUCCGCCCCUCAACCUUCUCCUGCGGAGCCUCUCGCCUUCUUUUCCUCGCCCACCUCCCCCUCGCCCUCCCCGCCUGAGGCGGCGGUGGAGCCAGUGGCGUUUGCGCGCACGGCGGGGGAUGGCGUGUUCAACGAGGUGGUGUGGGACGUGGCGGUGGACCCGCGCCUGCAGGGCAGCGGGCUGGGCCGCGCCCUCAUGGAGCGCGUGGUGGGCGCGCUGCUGCGCCUGGGCGUGUGCAACGUGGGGCUGUUCGCGGAGCAGCGCGUUGUCACCUUCUACCGUCCGUUGGGGUUUGCCAUGGACCCCGAUGGCAUCCGCUGCAUGGCGCACCGGUCGCAGGAGAAAAAGGGCAAGCGAUGA